UUUUUAUCUUUAAUAUUCAUGAUUUUUAAUAUUUUUAGUACAAUGUUUAAAGUAACAUGUAUUUUGUAUAUUCACAGCAUUUUUGGCAUAGAGAUUUUUAAAGUUUAAGUGUGAUAAUCUCCCACAAAGUCAUUUUUUUCUGUGUAACACAAAACCAUAGUAAUUUAUAAUGUAUGUUCACAACGUUUGGACGAUUACACGCCUAAAUGUUGGUUUUCCUAAAAAAAAUAUUAUAGUGUUAUUAACAUGUGUGAUAAUAUGUAUGCGAUAAAUAUUUUUGUGUCAGGAUAAUAUAUUUUGGCGUGUGAUCGUGAAAAAGUGCUGUAAACAUUUAUUAUGGUGGUAGAAAAUCACGAAAAAAAUAACUCUGAGAAGAAUAAUCCCUCUUAAAUUUUAAAAAUUAAAUAAAUUUAAAAAAAAAACUGUAAUUCUAUUUAUAAUAUAAUAUACAUGAAAUAAAAAUAAACUAAAGAAAUUACUAUGCAACUGUUUUCCUAAUAAUAACAUUUACGAAUUUUGCCAUAUUAUAUGUUAAUGUCUGAUCUAUUUGAAUAAAAAGAUAUGUUUAAUAUUAUAAAUAAACUAAUUUUUGUUUUCAAAUUGUUGUACAGUCUGUUUAAAUUUAUUUUCUUUAAAGGUUUAAUGGGUACAAGAUUGAUCUAUGAAUCAAGUAAUAAAAAUGCUUGUACGUUGAACGAUGAGUUUGAGCUUAUUAAUCAUGCCCACGAAUCAACAGUGAUAGCAUCUGUCGAAAAUAAAAAUAAAACCGAAAGUUUAAACGAAAAUCAAUUUGAUGCACAAAAAAAUGAAAAGCAAUCUAUUAUAGAAACUAAUAUACAAUCAAACGAUGUGUCAAUCGUAAAAUCAGAAAAUUCGGAUAUUUUUGAAAAAAGUAUUUUUGAUUUGACAUCAAAGGAUUGGGACAUUUUGUACAAGGAAAUUAUGAAAUACACUACUAACGAGCUCAAGAACACUGAUGGGAUUAUGGAUUAUAGUUAAUGAAGAUAUAACACAAUAAUUGUGUGUUAAAAAUAUAUUCAAAAUAAGUUAUGAAAAGUACUUAAAGCUUAAGAUUAAUGCUUUUUGAAUUACAGUAAAAUAAUUAAAAAUUAUCUUAUUUGUUUUGUUAGUUUAUCAAAUAAAAAAAAAAAAACUGAGACUAUGUAUUUUCAA